UUUUAUCAAUUAUUGUACACAACAAUUAUUGUCAAUUACAUUACAUCCGAGCCAGCGAACGAAAACGAUACGACUCUGUGUUUCGGGAUUAUUGUCGUUACCUAAUUAACGUCGGAUUUUUCCGCUUUAUAAUUACAUGCUGUACGGUAGAUCAAGUGUAAUUUUACGCGGGCUACUUGUGUUGUCUAUUAUAUUAAUAAUAUCUCCUAUGAUAUACGUUUGCAAACAAAACGUGUACAACGGACGCGAACGGUUUUGGUGACGAAAAUAUAUUUAUCAGCGGUAUUUCAUUUGUUGUUGGUCAAUAAGUGCAUGUGAUUUUUAAAAUUUUUAUUUUUUUUAUAUUACGUAUGAAUAUCAUGUCGAAUCGCGUUGACUUGUAAUCGUUAUCGGUAGUGUUCCAAAUCCAUCCAGUUUACCGUAAGCUCACAAUCUGGUCGUAGCCACACAGGUCAUCUUAACUGGGACCUAUGUGCCCAGAAAGACAUGGACGUGUCAAACAAUUACAAACCCUGCCUGUGUAAACUGGACGAAGAUGGUUGUGUUUCGCUCAUCGACAUUAUUAAGUCGUUCAACACCCCCGUCAGUGAAGAACACGCGUGGGCUUUGUGCUAUCAGUGCGCAAAGUGUUUUAAAUAUGCUUUCGAACGAGAACCCAACAAAUGUCGAGUAGUUAGAAGCCUGGAAGAAGUUCGUAUACACAAGGAUGGUUACAUACAUCCGAGCACAAUUAUUAGAACUAAUGAAACAGUUGAAUCUCACGAUAAUUCAGAAAAAUUUGGCAAUGACGACAGUAAAACUGUACUUAAACAUCAUGUGAUUGCUAGUUUGGGGUACAUAGUUUUUCAAAUUCUAGAUUUUGGUAUUGAUAAUGAUGAAGAAAGAUCAUUAAAUCCAGAGUUAGAAUCGCUGAUUAAAAGAAUGGUGGAUACAUUUGAAUAUGGUUGUAAUGCUCAGUCUAUGGAUCAUGGCCAAUCGGGUGAAACUGAUGAUGAAGGAAUUGAAAGAGAUUCGGCUGAAUGUGAAGAAUUAUUACAAAAUAAUUUUGCCACCUUUGAUGAUGUUUUAGAGGAAUGCAGUAGACAUAUCGGUGUAACAGGGUUAGGUUCUGAAAUACAUUAUAAGGCGGUGUGUAGAGCUCUAGUUACAGAAGCGUUAGAACUGUCAUCAUUUUUGAAUAAAUUAUCCGAUGGCACAGUUUGUUUAAGGCACAGAAAUUCUACCUCUUCUGAAUUGAGUACAUUGGAUCACAAUGAUUGGCUACCCAACUGCAGAAAGUGGAGUAUUAUGCAAGCUCGUUUAUGGAUACAACUAAUACGAGAACUCCGACGUGGUGUCCAGCUUAAAAAAGUCGACCGAAGGCCACACCCGGGUAGUGAAUUUGUAGAGUAUGCGUUAACACCUUAUGAAAUGUUAAUGGACGACAUCAGAUCCAGAAGGUAUACUUUAAAAAGGGUCACACCCCCAGAGAUACCGGCAAGAGUUCAAAGAGAUGCUCACGAUGCAAUUCUUGAUUUUAUUCGAUCUAGACCACCUUUAAAAAGUGCUGCUGAGAGAAAAUUGGCUCCUCGGCGACAAGAUAAACUUUCACCCAGGGAACAUUUAUUAGAAUGCAUUAAAAGUGGAAACGUAAAAUUACGAUCAACUCCAUCUACUCCAUUGUCAAAAAAUUCAUUCAAGAACGUUAAAUCAUCAAGAUCGAUGUCAAGUCCUCCGAGUUCUCGCACAAACAAAUCAAAAAUUCAUUAUGACGAUUCUUCUAUGAAAACUUCAGAAGAAGAAGGUACAAUGAACCAGUCCAUAAAAAGCAUGUUGGAUUCAAAUAAAGAACGCAAGUUGAUAAAAGUGGACUUUUCGGCAUUGGCACGAUUAGUGAGUUCUGAUUCUGAAGAGGAUGAUGAAGACGAUGAAAACAAUCCGAAACCCAAGAGUGCCGGAGAAAAUAACGAUGAUUUGAUGUUUAUGGCUAAAACAAGUCAAGAAAAAGAAGAAAAACUGGGAUCUUAUCCUAAAAAUGUGCAUUCAUUGAGAAAACAACACCGAAGACAUACUAUUGCCGAUCAAUCGGCUCUAUCGUUUAUCAAGCCGUUGGGAUCUUGGAAACAUUCACGCAGACAAUCUGCAUUCAAAACAUUACCGAGUAGCGAUUGCCUGGCGUUAACACUCCAAGAAUUAAUUCACAUUCGUAGCGUCCUGACAAAAGCAGAAAUUGAAAGUUUGCCAGUUGAAGGCCACUUCAAAGAAGACGUUGAGAGCCGAAAAGUAUGUUUCUUAUGUAUGAAAACAAGAUUCGGUAUUUUUGGACCGUGGGGUCAAGAAUGCAAAAUGUGCCAGCGGACGGUGUGUUCAAAGUGUUGUACUAAGAUGCGCAUACCAACCGAACAGUUUUCUCAAAUACCCGUUGCCGCGCUUAGUCCUAGCGUAGCGGCAUCGGAGCAUAACCCGUGGUGGCCAAAGAGUAUAUCCAAUUGGGGUAGCGCUCCGUCAAGUCCUCAAAAAUUGCUGACUACACACCCGACCACCGCCAUUGAUAUGUCUGCAAGUUACCACGGUUCAUCCACUAUUAGCCAAAACAAUAAUCGUCCUAACACUAAACACGGCACGCAAAUGCCGGUCUGUAUUGAUUGCAAAACGAUGGUUUUACAAGAAAUAAAAACGUCACGAGUAAACCGUUCAAAUUUACUUAGGCAUCUAACGCUCGACCUGUCUUCCGUUUACUAGUAUUAGUUGAAUUUUAUUUAUUCAGUAAAUAUAUAAUAUAGAAAUAAUUUUUUAGUUACAUUAAAAGUAAGUGAAAAAAUCCUAUGCUUACGUUGUUUUCAAUGUACUGCCAUUGGUAGACUAUUUUGUACAAAAAACAUAAUUGAAUAUUUUAUAUAAAAAAAAAUUUAACAAAUAAAUUAUGUUAUCGGUUGUCUGUUUCAAGUUUAUAAGGCUAAUGUUAAUGAUUGGAAAUCUUUGUUAAACAGUUGUAUAAUUUUUUUUAAAAAUCCUAGCACAACACGCAUGUAA